AAAAAAAAAGGAAAGAAUGGGGCACGAGAGACGUCUAAUACGGCAGUGUAAGUUGCGUCGUUGGCAGCAGAAUGGUGAAGAGCAGAGGGGGUUAGGAGCUUGCAUCGUUGCAGCGUUGCAGUUGUUCGCCAUUGCUAGGGAGUUAACUUGGAUACUAGGCUAGGCGAGGAUCUCGGUGCUUGCCGUGCGGCCCCCCUCCCCCUUGCAUCGUGGAAAAAACUAUUUAGUGAUUUCGUGUUACGAUUUUGGGUAUUUUGAGAUCCGGGCGAUUUCGAAUCGGCCUUCGUUCCGAAGGAAUGGAGAAGAAGUGGCAACCAACGAUGAUCACGACCAGCGAGACGGUCUUGCAUGCCAAUCUUCUAACGACUACGGGCCAGCGUCUUACUCCAACAGGCAAAAUCAGCCAUGCCAAGACGCGUGUCUACACGCAACGAUAUCGCAAAGAAUGGGAGCAAAUGCCCGAUUUUAAAGGGUGGUUAACGUCCGUGCCAUUUCAACCGACACGUGCUUACUGUAUGUACUGUAAGAAAAAUCUUCAUGCGCAUCGACUCUCUUUGUUAAAACACACUUGCACGAUGAAACAUCAACGCGCAGCUUUACUACACGAAGCUGAAGAGAAGAAGAAAGCUGCUGCUCGAAAGGGAAACAUAGAGGAGAAGGUCGAAGUGGAAGAGGUUGAGGAAAUUGAGACUAUGGAACAUAUUCAAACUGAGGUAGAAGAAAAUGAAGACGAAGUGGAAUAUGUUGUCGAGAGAUUAGAAACAGACGAUGAACUAGAUGAAACUCAAAUCAAAGAUCCAAGUGAGGAUGUUAGUGGUGAGGUUGAAGAUGAAGAAGAAGAAGAGGAAGAUGAUGUAGGACACAUGCAAAUGCCUUCCGAUGAUGACGAGGUUAAGGAUUCGAUAAAAAGCAUUAAGAUAGAAAGGGUUGGAAAUUGUGACGAUUCUUUAACUGAGGCAAUGGAUCACAUGGAGAGUGAAUAUCUGGAAGAAACAGAUAACCACGAAGCUGUACAAAUGGAAAUAGUUGUGGAGUCAGAAGAUCAAAGUAAUCCAGAAAUGCAAGUUGUAUCGAUACUUCCUGAUAUAGAAGAUUCUAAUAAAGAUUCGCCGAGAGAAUCACGCGAGAAUGGAAGAGCGAUUCGGCGGGGUGAUAGUAAAUUAGACAGAAAAUCUGCAAAAUUAUUGCAAGACGAGUGCAAACAAGGAGAUUCGGGAAUAGUGGUGGCAUGUCCAUUGCCUAUUUUAGGUACAACUUAUCAAAUUAAUUCUUCAGUCGCACCUGCUACUACUAAUACUAUCGGUGUGCUUCAACCAGUGAAUACAAUUCCCAUUGCACCUACACAAAGUAAAACAAUUACUUUGACGUCGGGUGGUAAAACUCUGACUUUAACAGGUGGUACAUUUCAACCUGGUACUCAGUACGUACUGAGUAAAUUAAAGGGUCAAUUUCCAACGGUGGUAAUGGCUGAUAAGAAAACUGCAGUUGCUAAUCAAAUGGAGGACACCACGAAAGGCGUUCAAAUGAACAAAGAUCAGUUGGCUGUAGCAAGUACUAGUUACCAAAGUCCGAAGAAACAUGUACUUUUAAAAACUGUUCAGAAUCUUCCGGUUAAGAAACCUCGUAUUUCUACUCACGUUGUGGACACUAGUAAAGGUUUACCAAUUGGAGGUUUGCAAGUUAGCCUUUAUAAGUUAAUGGACGGGAGAUGGACGUUUUUAAAUGAAAGUAAUACGAGCCCGAACGGUCGAUGUGUGGAUUUGGUGGAUAAUACGAAAGUUAAUUUCACAGCUGGACGUUACAAGAUACAUUUCGAUGUUGAUAAGUACUUCACGCUAAGAAGGAUAGAAACAAUGUAUCCAUUUAUCGAGAUCGUUUUUGAUGUGAAAAACCCUGCUGGCCACUAUCACAUACCAGUGCUUCUAAGUCCGUUUGGUUACACCACCUAUCGUGGCUCCGAAAGAUGAACGUUAAUAAAAUCAGUGUGUUUAUUAAAUAUCUUGUUUCUUUGUAAGGCAAAUUUCGUAAAAAUAAAUAUUUUUUACGAUUCGAAAAUGCAGACAAAGACACACAUUUUCAACGAUGUCGGUUGAUCGUGCAAAGGAAAAACUAGCUGUAUUUUCAUAUUUGACGAUUUUGAAAACUGAAAAGAUUUUAUGUAAAUAGUUGUUAAUUGCGCGCGAGUUUGCUAUGGAGUGAGAGUGUUACGAAAAAGUGAAUUUGGUGGUUCAAUCACUGGUAGAAUUGUUAAAUUGUAACAAGAGCAUCCGUGUGAGGGAAAAUAUAUUUUAUUUCUUAGUUUAUAAAACUUUGACAUGUUUCAUUUUGUUACUACGUACUUUUCUCCAAUGGCAAGUCGAGUUCGAGUCUACGAAACUGUGUUAGAAACAUCUGCGCCCAGUGACACGUGAGAACAUGCAACAACGAUGACGCAAUAGAAUUUUCAUAUAUUGAAGAAUCAGGAAGAACGUACCGUUUCGAUUACACGAUCAACGAGAAAUAUUUUUGCCGAGAUAUCGGGACAUGUUGUCAAAGGUCUGCAAAAGUCGGAAGAAGUCGCAAUGGUUUUCUAUUGCGGUGGUAAAUAGCUUCUGUCGACAUCUUUCGGUGGCAGAUAGUCAGAUUUGGAAGAUUGUGCCUUUGACUUUUGAUCGUUUCGACUAUCGCCACCACGUCCGCCUUGAUUUCCCGAUCCGGGUGCUUGGCCGGAAGAAGACGACAACUUACCGGUACCGAAUUUAAAGCUGGCUCUAUUUCCGUUCUCGUCAGCCUCGUACCUUCAAACGGAGAUGGGAAGGCCUUCGGGGCUUUUGUAAGAGAAGCUUCCUUUUACAGUUCGUACCAGCUCACCGUCCACCAAUUUCAACAUUUCCGUUUCUUCUUUUUGCACGUCGUCCACUGGCGCAUUCGCCGCCGGUGCAUUCGCGCUCGAUAUUGGACGGUUCCUCGCUUUGUUGUCCUCGAAUGGUGUGUUCAAGGCGAGGCCACCGGAACCACGAGCGAACGCUGGUGCCUUUUGGUCCGGUGAUAACUUCUCACCGGUGCAGUGCCACGUAUCGAGAAUCACUAGCCAGAGAAUCUGAGAUCAGAGAGGAUAAACAGGAUGAAUGAAUUCUCUUGCAUCGGAAUAUUUGGCCAUGUUUCUCUUCCAUACGUAACGAAUCAUAGCCGCUUGGCCUAGAGGUGAAUCCGACUUUCGUAUCGAGCGGCUCGCGAUGACCUCCUGACCGAUGAGAAAAGUGUGGUAAAAGUGUUCUUGCGACUCUCGAGCACGCGUUACGUCGAUUACGUGUGCAAUCAACGGUGGCUAAGAGAGAGAGAAACACUUUCUACUCGAUCAAUUCGAUGUAACCUUUACUAAUUAAAUUCACUCGAUCCGAGAAGAAAAGAGAGAGAGAGGAAAAAAAAUGAAAAUCCUAAACGACGCCUAA